AGCAAAAUCUUCUAAAUAAUACUAAUCCUAAUCCUAGUCUAAAAAGUAGUACAAUGGACAUGUAUUUAAUAAAUACAAAACAACAUUACUGCUUUCAGUAAACACAACAUUAAUGGAGAUUAAAAGAACAUUAAGUUCUACUUCUGAUACUUCCAUUAAAACACAAAGAUUAUCAUCUUCAACUACUUCAAAUUCAACGAACUGGUCUGAUCUUGUUCCUGAACUUCUCCAACUAAUUCUCUCCAAAUUAUUGUCUGUUCAGAUCAUUCGAUUUAAAUCAGUUUGUUCAUCAUGGAAUCGCGUCGCUGAAUCGUAUAUUUCAUCUUCGUUUUACACUCCAUUGGUGUCGGAAACACCCUGUCUGUUACUUCCUGCGCAAGAUUACGAUCCUGACGACUGUCACUACAGAACUACGGACAGUCGCUGUUUUUACAGUCUUGAAGACAAAAAGGAGUAUAACUUGACGAACAUGAGUAAUCUGUUUAAUUACCGUGACUGUUGCAUUGGUUCGUCUCACGGUUGGCUUAUACUUUUGCAUAAUAGUAAACCGAACUUCCCUUGUCUUCUUAAUUCUUUCUCGAACGUUCCGAACUCCCCUUUUCUUGUUAAUCCUUUCUCGAAAGUUCGGAUUGAAUUACCGUUGCUUAACUGGCAUCAAGUUGAAGACGAAUACGUUGUUUUUAGUAAAGCGAUCUUAUUGUCUGAUCCAUCCCAUGAUAAAGAUUUCAGAAUCGUACUAAUAAAACAUGAAUUUCAUUUUUCAAAAUCUUUUUUCUUCUUUAAAAAGGGAGAUCCCGGCUGGAUUACGGUUGACAACGAUGAAAACAAGUUCUAUAUUGAUAUAAUAUCUCGUGAUAAUCAUCUAUAUGCAUUGACAACUGAUUUUUGUAUAGAAGCAUGGGACUUUCGUGGCGAUUUAUUGCCGGUCAAGAUAAGGAAAAUUCAUCCUUCAAUAACAGAAAAUUUGUCGGAGUCUUUGAGAAUUAAUAUAGAUUUAUAUGUUACUCAGAGUUACUUAGUGGAUUCAUGCGGCGAUCUUUUGCUCGCCGUCAGGUUUAUCGGAAAUUUCGUCAAUCAAGAAGGCGAAGUUGUCGACGAGUCGCAUCUUGUGGAUGAUGAAUUAAAUUAUCCUUUGGUUUCUCCGUAUCAGACAAAGAUGUUUCAUGUUUACAAACUGGAUUCCAGUGAGCAGAAUUGGAUAGAAGUUGACAAUUUGCAUAAUCAAGUACUUCUUGUCGGACUCAAUCAAUCGAUGUCGUUUUCAGCUGUGGAAAUUUCGGGAUGUCAGAGGAAUUCGAUCUAUUUUUCGGAUGAUAAUUGGGAAGAAAUGCGUGCUGCUUUCUCGCACGGAGGUCAUGAUUUUGGUGUUUUCAGUCUUAAAAACAAAAGUGUUGAGCUCUUUAAUUGGCAUAAUUUAGGAAGGAUUAAUCCAUCACCAAUUUGGAUAAUCCCAAAUCCAUGGUGAAGGGAAUUCUGAUGUAUUGUUUUUCAUAUUCUAAUUCUUUUUAGCUA